AUGUCAAACAUUCAUCUGAAGAUGGACAAGCUCUCCGACUUGACCGGUAAAGUCGCCUUAAUCACUGGUGGUGGCACCGGGAUCGGCUUCAUGAUGGCCAAAGGUUUGGCAGCUAAUGGUGCUAAAGUCUAUAUCACUGGUCGUCGCUUCGAAGUACUUCAAAAAGCCGCAGAACAGAAUCUGCAAAUGGAUGUCACUGUUAAGGAGAGCAUUCUUUCCAUUGUCCAAAAGAUUAAGGAAUCCGACGGAAAACUAGAUGUCCUAAUUAACAAUGCAGCCACUGACGGCCCGAGACUGCGCACAUCGUUCAACAGCGAAGAUGCAUCACAGAACCAAUCCAUCAGUGCAUACGGACGAGAGCUUUUCGACAUUCAGUCAUUUGAGGACUGGGGUUCCCUCGCUCAGACCAAUGUAGCCUCAUACUUCUUCGUCACGAUGGCUUUCCUAGAUUUGCUCGUCGAAACGAGCAUCAUCAACAUCACCAGCGGUGCGGGUCAGACCAAGCUUCCAUUCGGAUACUACGCCUACGCGAGCCUUAAAGCCGGCACUGCUCACUUGACUCGUCUACUAGCCACAGACUUGGCCUUGAAGCGUGCACCGAUCCGCGUAAACGCGAUUGCUCCCGGCGUCUUCCCCUCCCAGCUCAACCACUGUUCUCUGGAAGAACUCGAGGAAUACACAAAGACACCUAUGGUCUGCUUGCAGCCAAUUCCACUUCGUCGUCCCGGAAGGGAACAUGAAAUAGCAUCCCUGGCUGUCUAUUUAGCUUCCCCGGCCUCUUCCUAUCUCCAUGGACAGGAGAUCAACAUUGAUGGUGGUUUGCUUAUUGUAAACCCUUAA